CUUUGUGGAGAGCUGCGGAGGGAGAGCGCGGGCUGAGGUAGCCGAACAAAGAAGCAGGGGUGCCGCCGCGGACCCGUCACUGACCACCCGGGGCCACACCGGCCUCCCGCUCGCAGCCACCAUGACCGCCAACGGCACGGCCGAGGCGGUGCAGAUCCAGUUCGGCCUCAUCAACUGCGGCAACAAGUACCUGACCGCCGAAGCAUUCGGCUUCAAGGUGAACGCAUCGGCCAGUAGCCUGAAGAAGAAGCAGAUCUGGACGCUGGAGCAGCCGCCGGACGAGGCGGGCAGCGCGGCAGUGUGCCUGAGAAGCCACCUGGGCCGCUACCUGGCGGCGGACAAGGACGGUAACGUAACCUGUGAGCGCGAGGUGCCCAGCGCCGACUGCCGCUUCCUCAUCGUGGCUCACGACGACGGCCGAUGGUCGCUUCAGUCCGAGGCGCACCGGCGCUAUUUCGGCGGCACCGAGGACCGCCUGUCUUGCUUCGCGCAGACGGUGUCCCCGGCUGAGAAGUGGAGCGUGCACAUCGCCAUGCACCCGCAGGUCAACAUCUACAGCCUGACCCGCAAGCGCUACGCUCACCUGAGCGCGCGGCCGGCGGACGAGAUCGCGGUGGACCGCGACGUGCCCUGGGGCGUCGACUCGCUCAUCACGCUAGCCUUCCAGGACCAGCGCUACAGUGUGCAGACCGCCGACCACCGCUUCCUGCGCCACGACGGGCGUCUGGUGGCGCGUCCCGAGCCCGCCACCGGCUACACGCUGGAGUUCCGCUCUGGCAAGGUGGCCUUCCGCGACUGCGAAGGCCGUUACCUGGCGCCGUCGGGGCCCAGCGGCACGCUCAAGGCGGGCAAGGCCACCAAAGUGGGCAAGGACGAGCUCUUCGCCCUCGAGCAGAGCUGCGCCCAGGUCGUGCUCCAGGCGGCCAACGAGAGGAACGUGUCCACGCGCCAGGGUAUGGACCUGUCUGCCAACCAGGAUGAGGAGACUGACCAGGAGACAUUCCAGCUGGAGAUUGACCGCGACACCAAAAAGUGUGCCUUCCGUACCCACACGGGGAAGUACUGGACGCUGACAGCCACCGGGGGUGUGCAGUCCACUGCAUCCACCAAGAAUGCCAGCUGCUACUUUGACAUUGAGUGGCGUGAUCGGCGCAUCACACUGCGAGCGUCCAAUGGCAAGUUUGUGACUGCCAAGAAGAAUGGGCAGCUGGCUGCCUCAGUGGAGACAGCAGGGGACUCAGAACUCUUCCUCAUGAAGCUGAUCAACCGCCCCAUCAUCGUCUUCCGUGGGGAACAUGGCUUCAUUGGCUGCCGUAAGGUCACAGGCACCUUGGAUGCCAACCGCUCUAACUAUGACGUCUUCCAGCUUGAGUUCAACGAUGGUGCUUAUAACAUCAAAGACUCCACGGGCAAGUACUGGAUGGUGGGCAGUGAUGCAGCAGUCACCAGCAGCAGCGAUACCCCUGUGGACUUCUUCUUCGAGUUCUAUGACUACAACAAGGUGGCCAUCAAGGUGGGUGGGCGCUACCUGAAGGGGGAUCAUGCAGGCGUCCUGAAGGCCUCUGCUGAGACCAUUGACCCUGCCUCACUCUGGGAGUACUAGUGCCCACCCGCAGCCCCCCCCCAGCCGCCCACUCCCACCUACCCAGGGAGCCUGAGUCUGGCUGUCCCUUGCCUUUCAAACUGGAACCCCCCAGAGAAAUGGUGCCCCUACCCAUUCCCCCCCUGUGAACCCCUCCUCACACACCCGGGUCUCACUCCCCGUGGGCCAGCAGCUCUGGCCUGUUCCCUUGAAGGGACUUCAGACCCCUCUGUCCUCUUCCCUGCCAUAGGCAAGGCUGGCACCUCUUUCUUCUGACCUCAGAUAGCUCUGAGCCUUAUAUCCUAGGAAGAGGCUGAGGAGAAAUGGGCUGGGAGGCCUCCUGAGCCCCCAUGCAUGGUGGGACGUGUAACUGGAAUCUCCUGCUCCCUCCUGAAGCUCUCCCUGUGCCAAACCAGGAGGGAGCUAUUGGGUGGGGCUGACAUUGCCCACCUGUGCUUCCUGGGUUGUGGCUGGAGGGCAGCCCCCUCCUACUGUGCAAAGGCCCAGCCCAGCUCCCCUGGCUCGUAGUGGACAGGUGUUGUGGCCACACAAUCUGCACACUGCACAUUCCUCCCAGGUGGGAGGUGGGGAGGCCACCCUGCUCCUGUCUCUUUCCUUUCACCCUGGCCUGACUGGAAGCAAAAAAUGACCAAAUCAGUAUUUUUUUUAAUAAAAUGUUAUGGCUGGAGGUGCCCCAAGCAAGCCUGGUUGUAGUAGCGAGUGGUCUUGGCGGGGGGGUCAGACCUGUCCCUACCUCCCCAGGGGCUCUAUUUGUCCCCCUCCAUCCUCCUGGGCAUGGCCGGGUCCUCUCCCUCCAUGGUCCCUCUAGCCCUUGCUCCCAGCCCUAGGCUAACCCUCACUGCCUCUGCCAGAGCCCCUACUGUGACUGGUGCUGUGUCUCCCUGGGUCUGCCUUGGUCUCCUGGGCAGGAUGAAGCCAGGUACCAUCUUCAGCGGGAGCACUGGGGUGAGGCACCAGGAUCCCCUCCCCCUGCCAGCUCCCUGCACUGCCAUGCAUCUCACUCUGGGUGUCUUGGUCUUUUAUUUUUUGUAAGUGUCAUUUGUAUAACUCAAAUUGCCCAUGAUAGUAGCUUCAAACUGGAAAGAGCAAAAUAAAAGAACGCCAAGUCUGUA